GUCUCGUGAGGCGACGGGAGGCGACGGCGAAGGCCCGUGCUCCGAGGCGGAAUCGACGAGCACCCCCUCCGCUGUACGCAUCGUCUUCAACCGACGACGACUCCGGCCGAUCCCAUGCGGCGAGGUCAUUUUGGCGCGAAGAAAACCGGCGAUGGCGCCAAAGAUUCAUGCUGGUGUGUUCUAUUCAUCCUUUCUCGAGGCAGCAGCAGUGCUACAACUGCUGGAGCGGCAGCAGCGGUGUGGGAGCCGGGAGUUGAAGGCCGCAGCCCGCGGCAGCAGGCUCCGGGAUUGGAUCUUGCCCCGGCGGCGCUGUCGGCGGCGGUGGCGGCCUGCUCCGGGAUUGGAUCUUGCCCCGACGGCGCUGUUGGUGGCGGCGGCCUGCUCCGGGAUUGGAUCUUGCCUUGGCGCGCUGUUGGUCGGCGGUGUGGAAGUUGAAGGCCGCGGCAUCGACACAGGAGAAGCAGCGCACAAGCAGCGCACGGCAAGCCAGCAGUCGGCUCCGGGGCUGGAUCUUGCCCCCCGGCGGCGCUGCAGCGGACAUGCUCUGGGGGUGGACCAGACAUCGAUAGCACCCAUCUCCCCCACACAAGUCCAUGAGGACCUUCAACCAGCGACAAACUCAGCUGCUUGGUGCCAAGACAGUGGUGAUAGCUCGGUGCCUAAUCCAUGUAUGAAACUUCCAUCUUCAGAUCUGGGAGAUUGGCACAACCUGGGCAUUUUUGUCCUGCAUUUCUUCUUGCUACUCCGCUAGCCACUCCACUCAGGAAUGAUUGAGGAGCUGAUUGAUGAAGGCGUUGGCAAGUUGGCGAGUGACUUGUUCUCAUGUGAUGCAAAACCUACUAAAUUAUUCAGCUAGCAAACUGAGAUGAAAUUAUACUCUGCCUGUCAAUAAUUUGUGGACAGUUGCAAUCUUACUACAAGUUAAUGAUCAAUUAUAUUUGUGGAAUGGUUCCUAUACAAUGUUACUAUGUUUUAUUUCUCUACUCAUGAUGAAAUCUGGUUAUCUG